AGCUGAAGACAUCAUGCACGCCGACGCACUUCUCGAAAAAGCCGUGCGCAUGGCAAGUCUCGAGCUGCAGCGCAGCGGCUACGUGCCCUCUAGUGGCGAAGCACGAGUUGUCAACGACAUCACUGCUGCUCUGCAAGAGGAAGUGCCGAGCAUCGAUGCCGAGAUCCGCCGACUAUUCCAGCUGCGCGCGCAACUACUCCGGCAAUGCGAUAUUCAGGACUCCUUCGUUGCUCCAAUCCGUCGCCUCCCGCCAGAGCUUCUCUCAGCCAUAUUCAUAGAGGUCGUCGGUGACCGUGUUUACGCCAGCGACCGCGUCUUUGUUGUGCGCCACAUUCUAUCUUGCGUCUGCACCUCCUGGCGUUCAGUCGCUCGAAGCACUCCGGCGCUAUGGACCCGAAUUCCCACUCAACUGUGGGCAUACAAGAUGAAACCAAAGUCGUGCGACUAUAAACAUGCCAUCGAGAGUGCGGUGCUCGCUGGAGGACUGCCACUCGAAGUCCACCACGAGGAAGCCGCGCCGGAUGGCUUGCUCAUAGACGUGCUCAAAGCUCUGCAGCCUCACUUCGCACGGGUCCGGUGCAUCAGCGUACAGGGAAGCUUUUCGCUCUUCGAAUGCCUUCGCAAGAUCAGCAUGCCCGCCGUGCGCAAACUGUCCAUGGGGAUGCUAGGUCGGCCGACGACUGGCGUUUUGGAUUAUCUGACUGGGUUUCCGGCGCUUAGAGCACUGGAUAUCCAUUACACCAGUAAAAAUCGACCAUAUACAUCCCUCGAAUCGCUCCGAAUACCCCCACUCCCUGGACUCACCUACCUCGAUGUGAGCAUCUCCGCGAUGCUUUCCCGCCAAGCACUUCUGGGAGCACUGAGCUCAUGCGCACCGACCCUCGUCCAUCUCAGCUUGAGCAACAGAUCCAACGCGAGCGCGUCCGCACAGGCCACUCUCGUGCGAAUGGACGCCCUGCGCCGCAUGGCAUUGACUGGCGCUAGUUACGAGAUCCUGGACAACCUGGCCACGCCCGCGUUGCACCAUCUCGGGCUGCACGCGGUAACGGCCGACGAAGGCGAUGGUGAUCCUUUCCCGACCGUGAGCGCCUUCCUCUCUCGCCCCUCGAAGCCGCGAGGGCUGACGGAACUGGUGACGAGCGUGUGCAUCGGCCAUACAUCGACCUUCCUUCGCUGUCUGGAGCAGCUUGAAGAGCUUACGUCCUUGGACAUUCACGGCGUCUUUUACGAGGGGCUGGCGCACGAGAGCGUCUUCUCCAGGUUGGCCUGCAGGGAAGGCGAGUCGCCGCUCCUUCCGCGGCUUACCAUGUUCCAGACCGCGCUCCCGCCGCUGGACGUUCGGUCGCCAGAAGCAGAGACCACAUUGAAGGAGAUGGUCGCCUCGAGGAGUACGCCGCGCGUAUGUGCUUUUCCUGGACUCGCGGCGCUCGUGAAGGUGGAGAUCGACUUGGACGGGAUCCAGGACGACGAAUCUGACGCCAGCGAGAGCGAAGACGAGCGCGCCGAAGAGAGCGAUUAGUGACAUCUGGUAGAGCCGCCGACAUGGAUCAUGCAUAUAAAAAACCCUCUGUUGACGCUUUGCCUAUUUACCUGACGUCGCUCGCCAUGUUUUGCCGCCUUCAGCCACGACGAAGCUCAAGGUCCGUUAUCAUCAUCCCUUCUCCCCCGAUGUUCGCACCGUCGGCGCGUGCUCUCUCGCGUAUCUUCGCUCAUCAUAUGUAUCCUAC